AGAUGCGAACAAAUUAGAUGGUGCGCCCGCACGGUCUUCCCGCGGUGCACUCGACUCUUUUCUUUGUUAAAAGGUGGCUCUUCGAAUCCUAUUGAUGCAUGCCCUUCGAUCAAUCGUAAAAAACUGGCGAUAAAUAUACCUCCUUGGAACACCAAUAUUUACUGGUAGAAGAACCAUAGAACAUACACCGGGAAUGAAGGACUAUGUGGAAAAUGACACGAUGGAAUUUGGAGAGGAGGAGAAGAAGGUAGAAGAGGAGAGAGACGAGAAGAGAAGAGAGAAGAUGGCCGAGCGCGGAAAUUGGAGCGGCAAGUUGGAUUUUUUUCUCGCGCUUUGCGGUUCCUCUGUCGGUCUUGGAAAUGUGUGGAGGUUUCCGUAUCUAUGCUACAAGCACGGAGGGGGUGCGUUUCUCAUUCCCUAUUUCCUGAGUGUGUUCUGUGCGGGGAUCCCCCUCCUGGUGAUCGAGAUAGGGCUUGGGCAGUUCACGGGGCAAGGACCAGUCACGGCAUGGGGGAUGAUCAGCCCCCUCUUCAAAGGCAUUGGUUGUGCCGGGCUCGUCAUCCAAGUCUUCCUCGACACUUAUUAUGUCGUCAUAAUGGCUUGGGGCUUAUACUAUCUUCUCUUCUCCUUCAACGCCGUCUUACCCUACUCAACGUGCUCCAACGAUUGGAACACGCCUUGCUGCUUCGUCCAGGCGGCGAAGGAAAAAGUGAUCGACGUCGAUACGAACGGCAGCAUGACCAGGGAUACGAUGACGGGGAUUAAUGGGACGAUGGCGACGAUGAUGUCGGGUUCGUUUUUCAAUAUGAGCGAGGAAUGUCCGAAUGGAACGACGUCUCCGACUGUCGAGUUUUGGAAUCGGAAGGUUCUUCAGAUCCAUCUUUCUGAGGGUAUCCAUGAUGUAGGAGCAGUGAGCUGGCAGCUCUUUCUCUGUCUCAUUCUCGCCUGGUUCCUUAUCUACCUCUGUAUAUGCAAGGGAGUCAAAUCAUCGGGGAAGGUAGUGUAUGUGACGGUUCCGUUCCCAUAUAUACUUCUCACCAUCCUUCUCGUACGUGCUGUGACCUUGCCAAAUGCUGUGGAUGGAAUCAUCUUCUACCUCAAACCGGAUACAUCCAAACUGAGAGACAGUCAGGUCUGGCUAGACGCUGCAACACAGAUCUUCUAUUCCAAUACAUUGGGACAAGGAUUCUUGGUCGCUCUUGGAAGCUAUAACAAGAGAAAUCACAACUUUGUCAGGUAA